CGCCGCCGCCGCCGCCGCCACGGGCCAGCCCCAGCAGAUGGCCGGCCACGGCGGCGUCCCGGGGCCCCAGGGACACGCCCAGCACAUGGGCGCCGCCGAGUACGGCCUCCCCACCCACCCCAUGGCCGAGGCCGACUACCGCCAGGCCCAGAACAUGUACCCGGGCCAGGUCCCCGCCGGCGCCCCGGCCGCCUACGGCCAGCCGCAGCAGCCCAUGUACGAGGUCGACCCGACCAUGUACCAAAACGCCUAUGCCAUGCAGCCGCAACAGAGCGCCUGAUUGUGACAUCUGGUGCAGGCCAGUGCAUGAGGCGGCACCACCGACUCGUGCGACAUCGACAGAAGCCACAGUUUAGGUCCUCUCGUGGCGAAAUGUUUCCUACUUCACUUUUUGGCUUGUUUCUGAGCGGGAGGAUCUUGUCUGGUACCGGAUACAGGCCCAUAUGUUAGUGCCUAGGUAGCGUCUUGCAAGGAAAGAGGGGAUAUGGCGACGUCAGAAUCUUUCCAGCCAAAAGUUGGCUUUUCUUUCUUGCUUUUUUUUUUGGGCGUAACAUGACCAUUGGGUUUCGAGUCCGAGCGCGGCCGUUCGCUGUUUCAUGGGUUUAUGAUGAGGGAUGGCACAUGGGUAUACUUGCGGGCAAAUGAAUUCAUGAGAUAGUCUCUGGUAUCGUAUACAACCCUUCUCCCUGGGCAUAAAUCCUUCCCUUCCACUCGACCUCCCCUCAGCCUGUUUCUAUGGGGGGCACUGAG